GACUAGGAUACAACCUAUUAUAUACAUGUUAUCCUAUUUUCUUUCCCUUCUUCUUUCUUUCGCUGUCCAUCAACUCGAAAUUGUACACGAGUAUCAACUACCUCAACCUCAAUUCCUCAUUACUCUAGCAAUGAGAGAGUAUCAUGGCUUCUCUUACCCUUAACAUCUUUCCUCAGGAUGUUCACACCCAAAUCAUUUUAGUGGGAGCACUUUUGUUGCUCCUCAUUGGCGGGGUAUUCAGCCUCAAUUCUCGUUCUCAAUCCGGCAAGAGCGAUCAAGAGAAUCCCAACGCCUUCACAUCUUUCCUUCGAUUCUUCUACGCUUCUUUCUUGAAACCACAUACUGGAGAUGGUACGGGAAAUGGCCAGCAAGAUGCCCUCGAAAGUUUUUACAAGGCACAGGCUGGUGUUUAUGAUGCGACUAGGAAGAGACUUCUUCGUGGGCGUGAAGAUAUGCUUGGACUAGUGGCUGCUCAGUUAGUCCACAAAGCCUCGAAAGAGCAAAAGAAUGAAUCCAAGCCUAUCUGGGUCGACGUAAGUACAUCAAAUAGUCUUCUGUUCUCUUGAAUCUGAACUGAAUCUCAAACUAUACAGAUUGGCGGAGGAACAGGAUGGAAUAUCGAAGCCAUGUCGCAAUUCGUCUCCGUUCCCGAUUUCUUUUCUAGCGUUUACUUGGUUGAUUUUUCACCAUCACUCUGUGAAGUAGCUCGAAAACGCUUUGCACGAUUGGGUUGGGAGAAUGUGAAAGUGAUCUGCCAGGAUGCUAGGACUUUCCGGCUCGAAGAUCAUGAAAACGACGUUUCUGAUCUAACAUCUUUUUUUCCAACAAAGUACCCGAACGACAAUACCAGCAGCGUUGGUGGUGCAGAUCUUGUGACGCUCUCGUAUAGUUUGUCUAUGAUUGUACUGUACCACAUUCAUUCUGUCCUGGCUAAAUGCUAACUCUCACAGCCUGACUUUUAUUCUGUCAUCGAUUCCAUCACCUCUCUACUUGCACCCUCUGGUACAAUUGGUGAGUCUUUUAUCUCUUAACGCUAAGGAGCAGCUGCUUACCAUAACAGGUGUCGUCGAUUUCUAUGUUCAAUCUAUCGUGUAAGUCGAAAGACCUCAAAGGAAAAUAUCUUUUUUUGGCAGUUUCUAGGCACGAGAUACUCUCUGUCUUCGAUGAUUUGCUCAUUUCCAUCGCUUCAACACUACGAGCAGAUUCAAACCUUGCUGACUUCGAUUUUCAAGGGAUUUGAGCUGUCGAAACUAUACUGGUGGGGCCCUUAAUAGACACGUCAAUGUAAGCAACUUACCUGUUUGGCCCUUCUGUUAGAAUUUGCGUAAGACUAUCACAAAAGCUGUCAGCAGCUCUUAUUCUUCCUAUUUGCUACCGUAACUCAAGGUGUUAAUCUAGACUGUCUGGAACAAUCAAUAUCACUUGUUCCAGAAGUCUCGAUUGAUGUUCUGGGUUGCGCUCAAAAUACUGUACAAGACAAGCAUCUCGGAAACUUAGGAUUGAUGGCUACUAAUUUGCCUCCAAUGGUUCUCCUGGUAUUUUAUAUCACAAUAUUUUAUUCUAACUUGUUGUAGUGGUUCGGUCGCUUAUUUUGGCGUGCAUGGUUUGAUGUCGAUCGUGUUGGUCUUGAAGCUAGUCGCAGAGAUUACCUUGAAUAUCGCUUUGGUACAGUCUUGAGCGCAGAUUCUCGCAACUAUCUUCUAGGUUCAAUUCCAUACUACGUAUGGCUAGGUUGUUCCAAACGCCCUUCUUCUACUCUCGGACUUCCCAAUUACCCUCAGGAAAUAGUCGAAAGACUCGAUGCUGCCGUUACAGAAUCUCCGUAUCUCUCACCAAUCAAUCAUACGAAGGCACUUUCCCGCGCCGUUGAGAACUCAACGCCACCUGAGAUUAGAUCAAAAGCAUUCGAUGCAGCAGUUGUCAACCUAUCCGCUAACCUUCCACUGCCGUCAUUCUUCUACCAGAACCAUCACUGGCGAAUUCAUUAUGAUGAUCAAGAGAAGAAACACACGCAGUUCAAGCAUGAAUAUAUUUAUGCCUUCACAUGGGAAGAUACUAGAGUGGACCAUCGCUUGUUGCGAAUUACUUCUGGCGACAAAAUCCUCUGUAUUACCAGUGCAGGAGAUAAUGUUUUGUCUUACGCACUAUCUUCGCCAGCUCGUAUCCAUGCAGUUGAUCUGAAUCCCAAUCAAAACCACCUUCUAGAGCUGAAAGUGGCUGCCUUCAAUGCUCUACCGUAUUCCGAGUUUUUCAGGAUAUUUGGUACUGGAAAAUACUCUGACUUUCGUUCCCUCCUUCUGACAAAAUUAUCACCUCAUAUGUCGUCUAGAGCAUUUCAAUACUGGCUUAACAAUACCCAAGUUUUCGAAUCCAAAUACGGAAAGGGUCUUUACGAAACGGGGUGGGUGUUCCCUAGGUUGAUCUGUAUAAGCUACUAGAAAUGGCAAUACUGACUCCAAUUUUUUGUAGAGGCUCAAGACAUGCCAUCCGUGUCGUUCGACUUCUUGCAACCACUCUCGGAUUCAGCUCUCAGAUCAAAAAGCUUCUCUCUGCCAAAACACUCAACGAGCAACGUGAAAUCUGGUCCAAAAAGAUACGACCUUUGAUCAUGUCCAGAUUACUCUCCCACUUUGUAGUUUCCCAGGAGAAAUUCCUCUGGCUGGCACUAGGUGUUCCCAAGAACCAACUAGCCAUGAUCGAAGCCGACUACCUAGCUUCCGAACCGCUUCCUAGCAAGGCAUCGUCAACAAAUCCUCUUGGACACACAGAAGCUGAACUCAAUUCAUCCAGAGGAAAGGCGAUUUGGGAGUACAUGAUUCAAACUCUGGAUCCCAUGAUAGAAGAGUCUCUAAUCGGCGACGAUAACCCAUACUACCUCGUUUGUCUCCAAGGCUCUUACUCUCAACGUUGUCAUCCGGACUAUCUUAGCCCAAAAGCCCACCAGAAGCUCUCCCGGCCUGGUGCUUUUGACGGCCUCCGUAUCCAUACUGAUGAGAUCAACGAAGUGGUAAACCGUCUCCAAAGAGGAACUCUCACUAUCGCGGUAAUCAUGGACUCCAUGGAUUGGUUUGAUCCCGGAGCCGAUGAAGCAAGUAUCCAGAUCUCAAAUAUCAAUCGCGCUAUGAAACUUGGAGGAAGAGUCCUUUUACGAUCUGCUGCACUGACUCCUUGGUAUAUUUCUACAUUUGAGUCACUUGGAUUUGUGGCCAAGAGGGUUGGUGCAAGAAUUGCAGGGGCUUGUAUUGAUAGGUAUGUAUAAUAAUUCUCUUGUUCAUUAAUGAGGAGAGAAAUUUUGAUAAUGACGAUUCAAGGAUCAAUAUGUAUGCCUCUUGUUAUAUCUUGACGAAAAUCGAAAAUCUACCUCCAGUCAAGGCAAUCGAGCGCGGUGGCUCGGUAGAUCUCGAGGAACUUGAAAUUUGAGAAUGGUUCGCGAUAUCUGAAGUGGAAGAAAGGUCACAGUGAAGGAAGGAGCGAGUUUGUAAUGAUAUCUCUCACAGAGAGUUCU